AUGGACCCCGCCAUGGAGCUGGCAGAGGACCCCAGGUUCCCCCGUCCAUUGGUGGAGAUGCUGAUCAGGAACCUGAGCGUGCCAGCAGCCUGCUUCUCCCUGCCACCCACCUCCCGGCAGCUGCUGUGGCAGCUGGACACGGUCCAACUCAUCAUCAUGGGCCUCGCCACUAUCAUGACACUGCUGUCUGUCGCAAUCUUCGUGGAAGAGGCUUUCUACCUCACCCGCAAGAUCCGCUGCCCCAUCAAGAUGAAGACCCUCUGCUGGAGCAGCUCGGCCCCCACGGUUGUGUCAGUGGUCAGCUGCUUUGGGCUGUGGAUCCCACGCUCCAUGAUGGUGGUGGAGAUGGCUACCACAUCGUACUUUGCCAUCUGCUUCUACCUCCUGAUGCUGGUCAUGGUGGAGGGCUUUGGGGGGAAGGAGGCAUUGCUCAGCACCCUGAAGGAUGUGCCCAUGGUGGUCAGCACCGGACCCUGCUGCUGCUGCUGCCCCUGCCUGCCCCGAAUGACCAUGAGCAAGAGAAAGCUUCAGCUGAUGAUGCUGGGGACUUUACAGUAUGCCUUCUUCAGGGUGGUCGCUGUCUUUCUGGGGCUGGUGCUGGCCACUGAUGGGAACUACAACCCUGCUGACAUCUCGGCAGAGAGCGUGGCCCUCUGGAUCAACACCCUGGCUGGAGCCUCCACCCUCUUUGGGCUGUGGGCCUUGGGCAUCCUCUUCCGGCAGGCCCAGCUGCACCUGGCUGAGCAGAACAUCAGGGCCAAGUUCUUCUGCUUCCAGAUCCUCCUCGUCCUGACGGCACUGCAGCCUGCCAUCUUCAGCAUCCUGGCCAACAACGGCAGCAUCGCCUGCUCGCCGCCCUUCUCCUCCAAGACCAGGUCGCAGCAGAUGAACAUGCAGCUGUUGAUCCCCCAAACCUUCAUCUUGGCAGUGGUGGCACGGAUGUACUACCGCAAGCAGGACGACAAGCCGGGCUACCAGCCCAGCAGCUUUGUGCCUCCAGACGCUGAUGGCAAGGCGUGA